CGCAUAUCCAGCGAUAGCGAUCUGAUUCUCCUUGUUACAUGCUGUUUGCACUCCCCAGAGCCUCAUUCCAUCCAGUAACAUUCCCCGAGAUCCGAUUCUCGAGUUCAAAUCACACAUCGUUUCUUCCUCUUAUAUAUUGUCAUACUCGCCUGCGAGACGUGCCUGUCUUAGGUAUAUUGAUUACACUGAUGCCUCACAUAGUUCGUUGAGCGAAACUGGACCUUCUUAGACAGGCAGAAAGGGUUACAGUACUGGCUCUGCCAACGCUGCCAGUUACCCUAGAGGCAAAUCGACGGUCUUUUGUCAGAAAUUCUCGACGAAAGGCAGGCCCCCAGCUGCUACCUCGCUACUCUCGCUCGACUAUCCCUCCGAGACAGACUCAGGGGCCAAGACUCCAUUCUUGCUAUCAUGGCAUCCGGGAAGGAUAGUGCGGACACUAAGCCCAAGAUUGUCCUACACUGGCUGGAAGUGUCUCGUUCUCACCGGAUUUUAUGGCUUCUCGAAGAGAUCGGGAUCCCCUAUGAAUUGAAACUGUACAAAAGAACUGCAGCAGGUCUUGCUCCCCCUGAGCUGAAACAAGUCCACCCUCUCGGCAAAUCACCCGUGGUGACGAUUCUGCCCCAUGGUGCCACUGAGCCCAUCGUGUUGGCAGAGUCUGCCGCCAUCGCCGAGUAUCUAUGUGAUUAUUACGGCAAGUGGUUGACGCCUCCAAGAUAUGUGGAUGGUAAGGAAGGACAGAUUGGCGGCGAAUCAGAAUCCUGGAUCAGGUUUCGAAUGCUCAUGAAUUAUGCCGAGGGGAGCUUGAUGCCGAUAAUGCUUCUAGCAUUGGUCGUGCAAAAAAUCAGGAACGCAUCGGUUCCGUUCUUCAUCAAGCCAAUCACUAAUGGAGUUGCCAACAAAAUCGACAGCGGCUUCGUCACGCCCAGUUUAAUUACGCACUACGACUUCCUGGAACAGCAACUGAAAACCUCUCCGGGUAACGGUGAAUUCUUCUGUGGCAAGGAUCUGACAGCAGCAGAUAUGAUGUUGUCGUUUCCCCUCGAAGCCGGACAAACGAGGUCGGGUAUGAGCCCAGAAAACUACCCGUUGAUAUGGGCAUGGGUGGAACGCAUUCAUCAACAAGAUGCCUACAAGAGAGCUACCAAGAAGAUCGUGGACAUUGACCGCUCCUUCACCACGGGCUUCUAGCUGCCAUUGGUUCAGUCGAUUUUGUCGACAUUUCCACCAUUCAAAGCAUGGCAAGAUGCUGACCGGAUGAUCGACUUGCGUUGUGGAAGAUCUGAAGUUACGACUGGCCUUCCUUGGGGUCUGGGAGGCAACCACAACAGUGAGGGGAUCGGGAAUGAGGGCCAAUCUCACAUGCUCUACCACCUCUUUACCAAUAGAUCAAUGUUAGCAACCACUUUUGGGGGCCAGCUGAUUCCAGCUCGCUUGUCUGCUUAUGUAGUCCAUAGCUACGCCAUCGACGUUCGUAAGGCCCAUUCCAGCAGUUC